AGCAACUGGAUUGAACUCGGAGCUGAAAGCGAGCGGAGAGCAGCUAAACCCACGCAGAGAUUAUAUUUCAACAUUGUUCUUAAAACACAUUCUUUUAGAAAAUCAUGAGCUACUAGCUGUUCUUGGCCUGUACCAACCAUCGGUUCAGUCAUGAACCACACGCCCAAUACCCACAUGGCCGAGGCAGCCAAGUCGGGCCUGCUGUGUGGCCUGGGUGUGGGGCCAGAUCGAGUACGCUCUCCAGACAGCAUGACCCACACACCCAGCCCCACAGUGGGCACUCCCAGUGCAAGCCCUCCUCUGCUGCUAUCUCCAGGUCUGAGCUGUGAGGGUAUAGGUAUUGGCACAGGUGGAGGGGAUUGGGAGAGCCGUGAGGAGCUGCGCCUACGUGAGCUGGAGGAAGCACGGGCACGAGCCGCACAAAUGGAGAAGACCAUGCGGUGGUGGUCCGAUUGCACAGCCAACUGGAGAGAAAAAUGGAGCAAAGUACGAGCGGAGAGGAACCGGGCACGUGAUGAGGUCAGGCAACUGCGCCAGCGCCUGGACACUCUUACUAAGGAACUGACGGGUGCGAGGCGCGAGCGGCAGGAUCUGGCUGCUGAAAACGAGCAUCUUCAGCUGGAGGUACAACGACUUCAGGCUGAUCAAAGCUGCCCGUCCCAUGCCAACAUCUCCUCGUUGGUGUCCAACUCCUCCACAGAUGACUCAGAAAAACAGCACACGCAGGAGGAUGAGACUGUGGGAGACGGUCCAGGUUUUCCAGAGCAGGAGCCUGUCAGGGAUGUAGCAGCUGAGAAACCAGAGAAGCAAAAGGAGAUGCAGCUGUUGGAGGCUCUGCUGAGGGCCAAAGCGGAGGCUCCGGACUCAUGGGAUGCUCGCAGUGUGAGCAGCUUGCGCUCAGCUCUGAGCCGCCAGGACCGGAGCAAGUUACUUUGGGAAGAUUUGGCUUCCAUGGAGGAAGACUCGAGCAAGCUCAACGCCCUUCAGCUGCGUCUCGAUGAGUCACAGAAAGUUCUGCUAAAGGAGCGCGAGGAUAAGCAGGCACUUAGUAAGAACAUAGAGAAGCUGGAGUUGGAGUUGAGCCAGUGGAAGCUGAAAUAUGAGGAACUCAAUAAGAGCAAACAAGAGGCCCUUAAACAGCUUAACCUGCUGAAGGAAGUGCAUCAAGAUGAGCUUGGACGCAUGUCUGAGGAUCUGGAGGAUGAACUUGGAGCUCGCACCAGCAUGGACAAGAAGCUAGCUGAGCUUCGAGCUGAGAUGGAGCGUCUGCAGGUGGAGAACGCAGCUGAGUGGGGCAGGCGGGAACGAUUGGAGACGGAGAAACUGGCGCUGGAGCGCGACAACAAGAAGCUGCGGGCCCAGAUGGAGGACCUGGAGGAGCAGCUGGUACGCAAACGUAAGCAGGCGGCCAGUGCCCUGGACACAGACCUCAAGAGCAUCCAGAUCGAGCUGUUUGAGAGGAACAAGGAACUAGCAGACUUUCGGCACGUCCACACGAAGCUGAAGAAGCAGUACCAGGAGAAGACGGCCGAGCUGGCCCAUGCUAAUCGACGGGUAGAACAGCAUGAGACCGAGGUGAAGAAGCUGAGGCUGAGGGUGGAGGAGCUGAAGAAGGAGCUGGGUCAGGCAGAGGACGAGUUGGAUGAUGCUCAUAACCAGACCAGGAAGUUGCAGAGGUCUUUGGAUGAGCAGGUGGAACAAUCAGAGAACCUUCAAGUUCAGCUCGAGCAUUUACAGUCCAGGCUAAGGCGUCAGCAGAACCCUGGCUUGUUUGGCAAGAUGAGGACGUCUGCCUCAUCGCGAUUCGGCUCUGAUGAUCCUGAGAACCCAGCCAGCGACCCUGACGAAGAAGAAGAGGAGCUGCAGCUUCAGACCUCCUAAAGAUUAGCACAUGUGGGUACGGAUCAUCAGGAUCCUGCGAUUCAAAAUGCUUUACUUCAUUCCGAAACGGGACCAACAACCAGGCCAGCACAAAUAAGAGGACACGGACUGUAGAGUGAACAGAUUCUGAGCUGAUGUGUCUCUGACAUGUGGCAGAUGUUCCACUGUUUCCUGUGCAUAACAUGAAAGAGUGCAGAAAAUGGACUGGAGGGAGAUACGAUAUUGGUGUCAUGCAUUUUACUAUUCCCAGAGUUACUAUGUAAUUGCUUCUUCUUCUGAAUAUGGGCGUGAAGGCUGCCCUAGUCAUGUGACUAAUUCGGUUGCACAUUUUGAAUAGCCCUCGAAUUUUCCCUUUUACCUUCUAUUCUUCUAUAUUUGUUUUUUUAAUUCCUCUCAGAAUGUGCUGCUCCGUCUUAUUUCCCUCUGUUGUUGUGUUUUUCAUUCUGUGUAAACCACUCUAGCCGAGCUGAGCUGAGCUGUUGUUAAGUGCUGCAGUGUGCUUGUGUUCUGCUGUAAUUCCGUGUUAAUGUUCUGCACCAUUAUCUAGGUAGACAUUACCCACUUGCAGUGUAUUUGAUUCAGUGCCAGUGUGAGUGGACUUGGAGAAAUAGGGAUUGUGGGUAUUUUGAAGAAGUACAGUGGGACUUUUAUCCAGGUAAAUCGACUACAAGUGUUAAAUGGCUUUCGGAUAUAGAUCCACAUGAGGGAACAUUAUGACUCCUGUUGUUAAUUACGUUGUUUCUGCUGUUAUCUUUUUAUGCAAUAAGUGAUUGUUAACUGGAACCACAUCAACAAUGAGGACCAAUCUAGACUUCUCUUCAGUGGGGACAUUUUUACUGGUCAUACUGAAAAUAUUUAUAACAUUGUUUUUUUUUUUUAUAAAAUUGGUCUGUAUAACUGUUUUGUAUUUAGCACUAUAAAUAGUAAGUGUGUAUAUCCACUUGCAUGUCUUUUAUUAAGCGUCAAAA